AUGGGUGAUAGCCCCAAAGAUUUUAAGAGGAAACACAAGGUGGACAUUAGUGAUAGCCCCAAAGCUCUUAGGAGGCUAAGAACUGCUUGUGAGAAAUCAAAGCAUAUUCUUUCUUCUGCAAUUGAGACGGACAUUGAAGUCGAUUCUUUGUAUAAAGGUAUUGAUUUCUCUUCAACUAUUACCCGUGCCAAAUUUGAGGAACUCAACAUGGAUUUGUUCAAGAAGUGUAUUGAUAUUGUGAAGAAGUGCUUGACUGACUCAAAGAUGGUCAAGAAUUGUGUCCAUGAUGUUGUUGUUUUGGGUUGUUCUUCCAGAAUUCCUAAGGUGCAACAGUUGUUGCAAGACUUCUUCAAAGGAAAGGAGCUUUGUAAGAGCAUUAAUCCAGAUGAGGCUGUGGCUUAUGGAGCCGUUGUUCAAGCUACUAUCUUGACUGGUAAAGAUAAUGAGAAACUGUUAGAUAUCAUGCUCUUAGAUGUCAUCCCUUUGUCUCUUGGCAUGUUAACUGAUCCUACGAAAGAUAUGUCUGUUUUGGUUCCAAGAAAUUCUUCCAUUCCUGCCAAAAAGGAGGGAAACAUCACCACCAAAUGUGACAACCAAACUUCUAUUAUCAUCCCAGUUUACAAGGGUGAGAAAGCAAGAGCUACGGAUAACAAGUUCUUGGGGGAAUUUGUGCUUCAUGGUAUUCCUGCAGCAGCCAAGGGUGUUGCUCAGGUAAAAGUUUGCUUUGAUAUUGAUGCUAAUGGUAUCUUGAAUGUUUUUGCUGAGGAGAUUACCACUGGCUCGAUGAGUAAGAUCACCAUCACUAAAGAUAAGUUAAGUCUGUCCGGUGAAGAGAUUGAGAGGAUUGUGAAGGAUGCAGAGACAUACAAGGCUAAAGAUGAUGAACACAGGAAGAAGUCUAAUGCUAGGAAAGCUUUGGUGGACUAUGCUUGCAGGGUGAGGAAUACUAUCAAUGAUGAGAAGAUUGGUGCCAAGGUUGACCCUGAAUGUAAGAAAAAGAUUAACGAUGCUAUUGAACAGGUAUUUCAGUGGUUAGAUGACCAUGAGCUCCUGGAUUCAGGACUCUAUGAAGACAAGCUAAAAUUGGUCCAAAGUGUUUGCAAUCCCAUUAGUACGUAUUUGAGGCAGCCCCCAAAAAGUUUCUAG